AUGGCACUACAAGGUCUAACUCGGAAAAUAUUGGCAACAUCAUUUGUUGCUGUAGUCACUGCUGGCGGUGUCUACGGCUAUUCCGUUCAGAAACGCGUGUCAAAAGUUGAUCGGAAUCUGAUAACGCGGUUCAAUACCGUACCAGAGAAGUUUCAGAAGUCGAGGUCUGUUAGCGAGGUCGUCAACGCGAAACAGCACAUAUACGACUCUGACUCUCGAUACAUCACACUCGACAUCCCAGCUCAACAUCGCGACGUAUCUGAUGAAAUGCUGUUGGCAAAGUUCGUCAAAGGAUAUUUUGGAGGUGCUGUGAUUAGACCGGAGCGAGUUGCACUUUCAACUCUUGGCCUGACGCUUGUCAACUUUUCAAAAUCAGGACCAGCUCCGAGAAAGUUGUGGUCAUGCACAGAACUCCCGGAGGUUUCCUUACCUCCGGUCAACACAAUUCUAUACGGUGUCUUUCAAGCUCUGGAGACUCAAGUCGGUGUCAAAAUUGCACCAAAUCGCACUGAAAGUCAUAUCGACUUUGGAUUUGGAAGUGACAGUGAUGUGUUUGCCGGAGUUCACAGAUUCGUGGUUGUGAGAACGAAAGAAGAGAAGAACGAAGAAACUGUGCAGAUUCAUUAUGAGUCCAUGACUUGCAAUCCUAUGCAAAACAAGCCCCUGAGGCCACGGGUUUUAUUCAAGUUUCAUGAAUUCUACGCAGACUUAUUGUUUAGGGAUGGAAUAUCGGAGAUUAAACACUGGAUGGGUCAGUCUUGA